AUGCUUCACAAAUGCACAAAGUAGCCCUGGUGUCGCCAAUGUCGUCGCUCAAGCAGUUCCAGCGAGAGUACGGUGCCCUGCUGGAUGAACUUAUCCGCGAACAGGCGGAACUGUGCGAACGGUUUGAAUCCCUGCGACGCCGCCGGCACAUUAUUUUCUUCAAACGGUUAAGGUACAAGAUCAAGUGCAAGCUGGAACGGCACCGGGAAGAGUGGGUCGAGAUGCUACGCAAGACGCUCCAUGAGAACGUGCCAACCCGGCCGAUCGGUCGGCCGGCUCGCGACGAUACCUGGUACCGUAGUCAAUUUGAGGCCGGUGACGAUGCCACCCUGCUGGCGACCAUUCGGAUGGAUCGCCGUACCUAUCUCUACCUGGUGGACGUUUUACGGGGCGAUCUAACACCGCAAUCGCAACAGAUCCUGGCACCCCGCGAAACGGUGAGCGUAGAAAAGCGCUGUGCCAUCGGGCUGUACAAGUUGGCCAGCGGUGAAAAUUUCAGCCAGUUGGGAAAACGUUUCGGAGUACACAAGCUUGCCGCGGCGGACAGCUUCUAUCGAUUCUGCUCGACUAUCGUUACCCGGUUGCGUCGUAACGUGAUACGUUUACCGUCGGAACAGGAGGCAUUGAAGCUGGCGGUACGCUUUGAGAAAAACACCUGUCUACCGCGGGUUAUGGCAUUGAUCGGUAUGAUGCACUUUCCCAUAACGAACGCGCCGACCAACAGCUACAUCAAUAGCGACGGUUGGGCAUCGAUGCUACUACAGGCCGUCGUGGAUCAUUCUGGAUUAAUACGCUUCGCUACGAGCAAUCACGCGGGCAGUACGGACGCUUACACGGUGCUCGACGAAUCAGAGGUCAACAAUCACUUCAACCACUCGGAACUGCCAACAGAAUUCUACAUUGGAACGGACGAUCAAGCGGCAGUGAAACCGUUCCUAAUCGGUGGUAGUGAGUAUCCGCUACUACCACAUCUCAUUACCCGUUACUCGGCACCGGAAUCACGCGAAGAGCUGCUGUUCAACAAGCACCUCGAUGCCGCACUCGGUGCCUUCGACGUGACCAUGCAACGGCUGAUGGCUCGGUGGAACAUACUGCACCGGGGGAUGGAUUUCGAUCCGGUAACCGUGCCCCGAACGAUUGUCUGCUGCUGCAUUCUGCAUAAUAUACUCGAACGUCGCUCGAUAUCGUUUGAUACGAACUGGAUCACGCGCAAACGGUACGACAUACAGCCAACGGCGAAACCCCCGGAACAGCUGGUAGCCCAACCCGAUGGCGAAGUGAUCCGAGACUGGGCGAAACGGCGACUAGCGAUCAGAUUGGCAAAGUCCAAAGCCGAAGCAAAGAAACCGCCUUAUCGAACAAUACAACAGCGCGUUCAACUUCCGAAGUGACAUUUGGGUAAAGGAAUCCGUUUGCUCAGUGAUGAGCUUAGAGUCGGAACAAAAAGUAAUGCAAGCCGAAACGCUAUCACAAUGGAUGAACCGUUUGUUUCGUGAG